ACACUAGAUACAUCGGCAAGGCAAGUACAUUUAUAUUAUUAUUGUUAAUAAAUAACUACAAAAAGGGAAAAAUUGAAAAGGUAAACAAAGGGCAGGUGUGUCCAAUGCAACAUUCACAAUGAACACGUCCCACGUUCUUUUUCUUUCCUCUUUAAAACCCUCUCUCGCACCAUUGUGCCACUUAUUAUCCUCUUCUUCUUUCUCUCUCUUGCCUAAAAAACAAAAACCAGAGAGAGAUAAGAUACGACGCCGUUAGAACACGAUCAUGUUGGAUCUCAACCUUGGAACCUUCUCUUACUAUCAAGAAGAUCAUGAUCGUAGAGUACCACUAAUCUCAACUGCCGGUGAAGAAGAAUCUAACCUCUCCUUAUCUUCAUCAUCAUCCACAGAUUCUGCCACCGACAAACCUUUCAUCACCUUCGGGAUUCUCAAACGUGACGGAGAUGUUGUUCCUCUCAAGGAAGCAGAAGGUCUUUUCCCUGUGGUUGAUGCUCGCCCGAAUAUUGAAUUCUCCGGAGACGACAGACACUGGUUGAAUCUGUCGUCGUUACAUAGGAGUAAUCAGCAAAUGGUGAAGAAGGGCAGAAGAGGACCAAGGUCACGAAGCUCUCACUAUCGUGGCGUCACUUUUUACCGUCGCACCGGUCGUUGGGAAUCUCAUAUUUGGGAUUGUGGAAAGCAAGUUUACUUGGGCGGGUUUGAUACUGCCUACGCAGCAGCAAGGGCGUACGACCGAGCUGCUAUCAAAUUCCGUGGUCUCGACGCAGAUAUCAACUUCGUCGUGGAUGAUUACAGACAAGACAUGGACAAGAUGAAGAACUUAGAUAAAGUGGAGUUCGUGCAAACAAUUAGGCGAGAGAGUGCGAGUUUCGGAAGAGGGAGUUCCAAAUACAAAGGCUUAACUCUUCAGAAAUGCACACAAUUCAAAAACCAUCAUGAUCAGAUUCAUCUAUUCCAAAACAGGGGAUGGGAUGCAGCAGCAAUCAAAUACAAUGAGCUGGGAAAGGGAGUCAUGAAGUUUGGUUCCCAUAUUAAAGGAAAUGCUCACAGCGACCUUGAACUAAGUCUUGGUAUUUCAUCGUCAUCGGGAAAUACAAAGUUGACAACAAGUGAUUACUAUAAGCAAUCAUCGAUCUAUUUACCUGUGAUGACAACCAUGAACACUUUGAAGACAGUUGCAGCAUCAUCAGGAUUCCCUUUUAUCACCAUGACCACUUCCUCUUCCUCCAUUUCCACUUGUUUUGGUCCAUAAGGAUCGAUUUACACCCUUUAUUUUAACUUAUAUAUAUUUAUACUUUUUGUAUAUUGUAAUUGACCAUAACGUUGAUUCUUUUUUUUUUUUGGUAAAAUAACGCUGAUUUUUUUCCUUAAUGAGUGAGAAUUAUCGAAAUCAUUUGUUCUAACUUGAACUCGAUUAUGUGCCAAACUUAAAAGAAGACUACAACGGGUUAUAAGCUAUAGUGUUACGAAUUGUAACGAGUGGUUCAAUGGUCUUCACAGAAGUACUAUGUUAUCUUUUAUCUUAGUCGUGUCUUGUUUUAUUAUAAAGAAUAAACCAUUGCUUUAUGAGCAAAGCUGUCGUAAGCAAGCAAGAGAAAAGACUAUCCGAAUCUUGUAACUUAACGACUUUAACUAUAAAACAGCGGUAUUCUGACGGACAUUCCAACGGAAAAUGAAAUCCUCGGAAUAUCCCGAAGAAUUUCCGAGGAUAUUCCGAGGAAACACAAAAUUUAGUUUCCUCGGAAUAUACCGACGGAAU